CUGCGCAUGCUAGAGUCGUGAUCAGGGCCGCAGGGCUCGGAGAUAAGGUCCCAGACAACCUUGCUAUCAUUGAACGAUUCCAGGGGGGUCGCACCGCCGCAGGGAUUGCCGCUGCCCAGCAAUAUGCCGCCCAACGCGGCGGCGGCCAUGAGAAUAACCCGCAGCUGGGGGCUGCCGUCCCAGAUCGGGACCCGAACCCGAAUUGGCCCGCUUUCCAGUACCACGGUCCGUAUCAGGCGGAUGAUGGUUGGCACCUCUUUCAGCCGGGCGAAGGAGGGAAUUAGCAGGAGGGUAUACCGCAGCCGGGCCGGACAGGGUUUGCUCGACGAUCCUGAUGGACUGCUCUUGUUUGUUCAACGUCUGCUCGCGGCCGGGGAGGCGCCGUGGGAAGCCGUUUAUUCUUGCCGGCGGUUGGGAAAAUGUCGUACAAGCGGGCCAGUUCCUGACUCGUUGGGUACAUACUGCGGAAUGGCCCUCUUGUCCCGUUCCUUUUCUUGGCCUUCCGUUUGUCCCCUCUUCUCCUCGGCGCGUUCCGUUUUCUUUUCUCACGCACUUUCUCAUUAUGGAUACCCACACGGCAUUAUCAUAGGAUCUUUGGGGGCUUUUUCUGCAUUUCGUAUACCAUUAUACCAUGGCUUUCGGGAUCAUCUUCGAGCCAGCAAUUGGGGACAAAUAUCUGGGAGGAACGGGGAGAGAAGGGCAAGGCAGGGCAUCAAGACCAAUACUGAUCAGCUCCUUUCUCACCUGGUUAGCGAAGGGGAAAUACUAGGUAGGCGUUUGGUCUUGGUCUUGGUCUCGUGGUUGCAUGAUAUGGGCGUUUUGAGAACUUGGUGGAUCGGCGAGUGUCAGCCAGGUAGGGCGGAGCACAGGGAUGCAUCAUAUCAUGGCGUUUACGGUGGGACUUAGCUGGUAGUAUCCUGAGGUUUUAUCUGUGUGUCCUAGGUAUUUCUGGGGACGGGGCAAACGAGAUUCGGGUUUCUGAUUCGCAUUCCCAUGCGUGUGAUGGGGUUUUCUUACCCGCCUGCCAGCCCACCGGUCGUCCGAGCCA